CUGUUUAUUUAUUAAUUUGUUUCCCCCAACUACUUCAAUAACUGAAUUUCUGUGCUAAAUGACACCAGCCGCGCCCGUUCCACCCCAGCCCCCGCCGCCGCCUAGCUUAAACAGUUUUCGUACGAGCGUUCAAAAAGAUAAUUUCUCCGUUUCUCGAAUACCCAACGAUGAGUGUAGCUGGGCGUUGGAUUACCCGGAGGUGCAGAAGGGUUGCUUUCUCAGCCGUGUGUGUCAAUAUGCACAGCCCAAGAGAUGCCAAUUUUAUGACAUACCAAGUUUUCUACAAGUAGGACCCACCUGUGGGCUAACGGCGCUAAGCAUGUUGCUUAAUGGACAGCCGACGGCAACGGAAUUGUUCGCAGAGGCCAGUGCACAGAAGUACACAAUAAAUGGUGAAAUGUUCAGUGCGCAAUAUUUAUAUGAAUUGACACAGAAGCAUUUAAACAGUGCAGGCGCUUGCCUAUUUCAUGAAGGACUUCUAGAUUGUGCCAGGAUCAAGGAGCAGCUUAUCGGUGGUGCCUGUUUAUUGGUGCCUUACGAUGCCGACGUCAAUCAUGCACCCUGCCUGAGGUCCGGUCAUCGAGCCCAUUGGGCGCUGAUUGUGGGCUACCUAAUUGAUGACCAGGAUAAGUUUUUCGUGGUGGCACGCCAUGGCAAGACACGUAGCCUAGCUGUAUGGUCUUUGGUUUCUUUGAGCGAGAGCAAUGCAAAUCUUGUGGAAUUCGCGCAGCCCAAGGGUCAUGAAGGAUGCACUUUUCUGCUGCCGCCCGGCGGCAUAGACGGUGCUCUUGGUCUCAAGGAACGAUCCAUUCUAAUAACCGCGCUGCCACACAAAUUGAUUCGAGUGCGUUAAUGCUGGAAUUGCAACCGGCCCCCAUCUAAAGCUGGUUAAGGGUGGCUAAUACAAAAACAGUUUCGAUUUGUCUUUAAAUGUCAUAUAUAUAUAUAUAUUUAAUAAUACAAUUAUAAAUUACACAUCUUAUAA